UUUGUUUGUGAAUUAAAUAAAGCAGGACCGAUGUCGAGCACUAACACGGGAAGCAAUUUGAAGCGUAAGAACGAGGAUGAAGACCUGUUGCUGACUGAUCAACUCAACAAGAGAGUUGCAUUGGACAGUGAACAACUUGCACAAGCGGAGAAGGAGGAAGACGAUGCCCACACAGCUCCGGCCAUUGGCAAUGACGUUGAGGUUCCAGCCGUCGAGGAAUCCACUUCUAGAGAAGAGGUUGAAUCGGACCAAUCAGUGCCUGAAGUUGCGCAAGAACAAUCUAAAGUUGAAGCUGGUGAUGACGGUGAGGAUGAUGAUGAUAGUGAGUACGAUGCUGCCACCGCCUUGGACGGAUUUGUUGGUAGAACCACUGAAGGAGCAGGUCCUUCAGAGAACACUGGAGCAGUUGACUCGGAAGUGAAUUCUGCUACCGCUCCUGCUGCCGUUGAUACUGCUGCUGCUGCCACUGGUUCCAUUGGUGAAUCUGACUCGAAGCCAGUUUCUAACCAUCGUGAAAAAGAGGGUGACCCAACAUAUGUUAACUUUAGAAUGUACUGUCCUGUUAAGGAGGCAUCUUCUGUUGUCGGGAAGAAGGGAGAAAAAAUAAAUCACAUCAGAGACAAGGCCAAUGUCCGGAUCAAUGUCAGCGAAAACUUACCAAAAGUUCCUGAAAGAAUUGUACUGGUGAGAGGUCCUGCCGAGAAUGUGGCAAGAGCCUUUGGAUUGAUUGUUAGAACCAUCUUGGAAGAACCAGAAGACGAGCCUGCUUCCAUGUUGAGUAAGCCAUAUGAAUUGAAGAUCUUGGUGCCACACCCUUUAGUUGGUUACAUUAUUGGUAAGCAAGGAUCCAAAUUUAGAGAAAUUGAAGAAAAUUCAGCUGCUAAAUUGAAAGCUGCUGAACAACCUUUACCUUAUUCCACUGAUAGAAUCUUGUCUAUAACUGGAGUUGGUGAUGCUAUUCACAUUGCUAUCUAUUACAUCUCUCAGGUUAUCAUUGAACAUAAGGAUUGUUUGAAGAAGAAAAAGGUGAUAUUCUAUAACCCAGCUAACUUCCACCAUAUGCAACCAGCCCCAACUCAUCUCCAACAUUCACAACAACACCUCGGUGCCCCAACACAGCAACAACAUCAUAUUGGAGGACCACCACCUCAUCUUGCACAAAACCCACACACACAUCCAACUAACAACCACAUGAUGAUGCCACAAGGGCAAAACAUGAUGAUUGGUGGUGGAGGAAUGCAAGAUAUGAACAAUUCUCAAAACCCAUACCAACAACAACAAAAACCUUACAACUUUCAAAUGAUGUUCCAACCAGCAGUGCAUCCACAACAAUAUGGAGCUCCGGUUCCUAACCCAGCGGUAGCAAUGGCAGCCCCAGUUCCUCAGCAACAAUACACCGAUGAACAUGGUAACACCAUUGUUGGAGAUGUUAUCACCAAUGCCCCAGUUCCUGCAGGAACCAUGCCUGACAAGUAUAAUCAAGAUAUCUUUGUCGCCAAUGAAAACAUUGGAUCUGUUAUCGGUAAAGGUGGUAAUAACAUCAAGCAAAUUAGAUUGAACAGUGGAUGUACAUACGUGAAGAUCGAACCAGAUCAACACCAAUCUAUUAUGCUUGCUGGGAAGGGAAUGACAAACAUUAGAAAGUUAACCUUGACCGGAUCUCUUCAAGCAAUUCAAAUGGCCAUAUAUUUAAUCAACCAGAGAAUUGCAGUUGAUAAGGAAAGAAACUCCCAUUAGAAGUCUAUUGGAGAAUGACUUGAAUGGGAUGCCUUGAAUUGGAUGCGACUCUAUUUUUCUGAGAUCUCUGAUGAAGCUCUCUAGACUACUUAUCAUUCUUUGUACUCUAUAUCCUCUAACAUACUGGUCUCUUAGUACUAUUGUGGUGGUCUAUCUCGUAUUAUAUUCAAUAUCUGUGAGAUGUUUUCAAACUAUCUCCCAUCAUUAUCUUGAUUUCUACGAUUACCCACACUCAUUCAAGAUGUUUUCUGAUUAUUAGGUGGUUAUUCUUUUGUGACUGACUUGAAAUUUUUUUCAACAAUUGGCAUCUACGGACAGAUAUUUUGGUUCAUCGGAACUGGAAAUUCUACUUAUCUCCCUUUCUAGGUACUCCUAUUUACCUGCCUAGAAUUCCAACUCCCAUCCCCGAAACUCACCCAUCCCCACUUCCACUUCCACUUCCACUUCCACUUCCACUUCCACUUCCACUUCCACUUCCACUCCCAUUUCCAUUCCGAUUCCUAUUCCAAUAACAAUUCCCCUCCACGACACUCUCGGUGACUAAUUUCCCAGUAUAUCUAUUGUGGUUUCAUAGGUAUUACCCUGUGCGUUAGCUGUAUUGAUAAUGAUUAUCUAUAUUUCUAUGUUCUUUCUAUAUCCAUAUUCUUAUUAGUUUUUCGU